AUGGAUAGGCCUAAACGCUCAAGGUUCCUUGCAAUAGGAACGCAUUGGAUGUUUUUUUGCGAAUUUAUAGCUGUCAUAGUUUUCCUUUAUGCGUACAGAAGCUGGUUUAUUGGAGACCCGACCCCGCCCUUGGGAGAAGAUGUGAACCUGGUUGCAGGUCGAUAUACGCCAGCGAUUGCAAGCUCGCCCAUCCUCCCCACUAAAGGAUCCGAGGCCUCGAAUACGGCAGAGCACUAUGAGCCUGCACAUCGUUUGCAAAAGCGCGCGGACGGACCCAAAAAGAAAGGGGCCAAAAAGAAAGAUGCCGCUAUCCGCCGGCCGGUCCCACAGCCGCUAACAACGCCAGUUGUGGACCCAAAUGCCGAAAUGUUGCUGAGGUAUCAAAAGCUGGCAAUGGAGGCAUAUGAGGAAGAAAGAAAGAGAACGGAAGCGGCAGCCGAGGUAGAAAGGAAGCGAGCGUUUGCCGCUGCACAAGAAGAACAAAGGCGAGCGCAAUGGGCCGCUAGAGUAAAAGCGCAAGAGGAACAUUGGAGGCGAGAGAAGCAAAGAAUUAUCCAAGAUGCACUCCGGAUACCGCCUAGCUGGGAUGAAGCACACUUAUAUGCCGUGGAGAACCACCUAUGGGACCAAGAUGGCCUCCUCGAUUGGGAUAGUGGCUACAACGGAGAUACCCUAACUCUAAAUAAUUACUAUGCCAACGAUGAAGCUGUUGCACCUUCGAGAAAGCGCCCAUCCAACAAAAAGCUGCGAGCGAGUAACCACCUCCUGAAUGAGAAUGAUCAAGAUGAUACCGCUUUCAUCAAGCAGCUGGAGAAAAUCAAGGACGAAGUUCAAGAUGAAGAAUUCUUUGCGGUAGAACCGUAUGACACAAAUCUUCCAGUACCAGGUACCUUCGAGCAAACUACCGUAAGCUUCGCGCCAGCUUGGGAAGACGUCAAGGAGUGGCACGAAUACGGUGUUGAGAAAUCAGAAAAACCGCCCGGAGACAUUGACAACAGCUUUGAUACAAACGGAAUUCUGUCAACAGCUUCCGGUAGAACAAGCAGGAACGAAAUGGACUUACCGGGGCGUUCUGGAUUAAGCCGCGUUCGGACGCCCAGCCAAAGCUUGCAUCUAGGCACUACUGACAGCUAUGUGACAGAAGACAAGGAGAGAAUGAUUAACGAGCCUACAAAUUCGAACAUCGUAACUACGAGCCAAUUGGAAGAAUCGAUCUUGAGCGUGAGGAGACCAGUUACACCUGAAGUUGUCCCACCAAAACUACAAGCUCGGCCUAUGGAGGAAGAAGAGCAAAAGACCAACAUUGAUAUAAGUUUCGAACAGGGACCGACAGACUAUUUGGACUACGUAUCUGUGCGCCCUGGCAAUGAGAAUAGAGUUGGAAAAGAAAACAGUGCCAAUGAGCUCUAUAAUAAAUGGGCGGCCGCUUGGAAGGGCCCCAUUUAUCCCCGAACCACAAAGGAUUGGACUACCGCCGAUUACAACAGCGAAUGGAAGCGAGUUGUAAGGAGUGAAUAUGGAGCCGCCCCAUGUGAGAAGAAGAUUUUGGAUCAUUAUGGAACCCAGAAACAAGUGAGCUUUUGCAGACUGAAAAAAUCGGGCCUUUACAUUGCCCCGGGUCUUUCGCCAGACACAGCGCAAAAGCUCGAUCUAUUCUUGUUCAUCGGCUGCGGAGCAGCAGUCCCGAAUAUUGGUUGCGGGACUCGUCAUUGGUAUUUUCAGCAAAAGAAGGUGCUAACAAACCUAAAGGAUGGUUCUAAAGCAUAUCAGGAUAUCUAUAUCGAUGUUCGCUUCGACUUGGCUAGUAAUUCGCCCGCGGACGCAGGUCUUGGGCACGGCGGUGUCGGACUGCCGCACGUACAGCUUUCUUACAUGGUGCCCUCAGAACUCAGUAGUUAUCAGCCGCCGAACGAACGCGAAUGGUACUACCACGAGUUUAAAAGCGCUAUAAAGGCGGAUCAAAAUAUCCUUGGUCAAAUGUUUACCGAUACGAAAUUUCCUUUCCAGACUGCAUGGCCGAAAGAAUGGGUACAGGGGGAUUUUAUCGCACCAGGGACACCUUGGGGGCAACGAAAGGCGAGCGGCAAUGAUGUUCCUAUUCCAGCUUUGAAUAAGUUAAUUCCAACCUUGGGGAAGCAAAGAGUUAUCUUGACCACUAGGGGCUGGCGCGACCAUGUACUAGACAGGAGUUCAGUCGGCAAAAAUGCUAGGAUCUUGACGGUUUAA